AAUGAACCAGAUUACACAAAGUAAUGCUAUUCUAAGGCAGUUUUCAUCUGGAAAUUUUAAUAUCAAGUCCUUGUUCACACAGUGUAUCGGUAAUAGAAACUACCCAGAAAUUAACACCAACAAUUACCCAUUCAAUACAUCAGAUCAUUAUACUCCCAACUCAGAACAUUAUACUCCGGAUAACACAGUUGAUAGUGUAAAUAGUGUGGGCAGUGUGGAGAUAUCACGAUUGUGUGUGAGGGAGAAUGAGUUAAAUUCGAUAAAACUGGACAAGCCAAAGAACGUUAAAAAGUUAAUGAAAAAACUGAGGCUAAACGAUGUCAAAUUUAGGGAGAGUAAAAUAAUAAUAAAUCUCAGGGUGUUGAACAAGUUUUAUGAGUUAAUUUAUGAGAAUGAGAUGAGAGUGAAGGAGGAGAUAGCAGUAGCAUUUACCACGCUGGAAAUGCUAAAAAAUCAGCCACACGGACAGGUUUUACAACUUGUCACUGAAAAUCUAAACAUCGCAUUCAUGAUGAUUAAUCUCUCACAAAUGUACCUACACCUCUCCAAUUCCAUACUACAGAGAAUCACAGAGUUCUACUCCAAUCUCUCAGGAAAUGAUGUGGAAAAUGCUGCUGCUGGACCUAACACCGUAACGGAACCCCGUGUAACAAAAAGAGUAAAACUCUUAGUGGGAAGGAUAAUAGAAUCACAAGUGCAAUCGAGGUUAUUUUUACAUUUAUCGUAUGAGAAGAUGAUGAGGUUGAUAAGUCAGACGCAUAUGAAGUUUAGUGCUGGGAAGUUCCGAGUGAAUACGGCGCUGGAAUUUAAGUUCAAAUUACAACUCAACAGCGUGAUAAAUUACCUUUACGAAGCAGUCAAAGAUUCAGAUUUACUCGUGGAUAAUCAAGUUACUCUCGCUAACUUAGCACAACUCGACGUUGUAACACUGGAUAAAGUUGACAUACCAGUAGAUAAUUUACCCACUGCCAUCACACAAUAUAUCACACAAUACAUCACACAGUAUAAUCCAAACCCUUAA